CCUCAUUAAUGAUUACGUCUUUUAGCAGCCCACCAGAAAAUACUAGUUACCUUUGGAUUCAAGCAUUAUAAGAACAUCUAUGUUUUCAUCUAGGCUACAUGUAACUCAACACAUUUCAGAAGCUAAAGAAUCUCAUAGAACUGCAAAAUUUUUAAACAUUUCCCAAUGGAUGAGAACUACACACCAAAAAGCGACGGCCAAAUGAGUUUUCAUGAUGCACAAGUGGCUGUGGUUAUGGUGCCACUUCCAGCACAAGGCCAUCUCAACCAGCUUCUCCACCUCUCGAGGCUCAUAACCUCGUAUAAGAUCCCAGUACACUAUGUUGACGCGACCACUCAUAUUCGCCAGGCUAAGUUUCGUGUCCAUGAUUUCGACCCUCUCACAGCUAAAAACCUACAUUUUCAUGAAUUCCCUAUGCCACCUUUUGAAAAUCCACCUCCAAAUCAUAAUGCUUCUCAUAAACUUCCUAGCCAUUUAAUGCCUUUUCUUUACGCAACAAUCCAUCUCCAUGAGCCAAUGUGCUCUCUUGUACGCCAACUCUUAGGCGCCAAUCAUAGGAGAGUGAUUGUUAUUUAUGAUUCUCUGAUGACUUGGGUAGUAAAGGAUGUACCAGCAAUUCCAAAUGCCGAGUGCUACCGUUUUAAUAGUGUCUCAGCCAUCCAUACGUUUUCAGCCAUCUGGGAAGCCAGAGGAAAACCUUUCCAAGCUGGAACUGAAUUAUUCGAGGACAUUCCAUCAAUUGAAAACUGUGCUAUCCCAGAGUUAUGGGAUUUUUUGAAUAAAAUGGAAUCCCUUCACAGGAAAGUUAGCUCCGGAGAGCUUUUCAAUUCAUCCAGAGCAAUAGAAGGUUUAUACCUUGAUUUAGUAGCCCAAGAAAUGAAUGGCUUAAACCUAUGGGCUAUUGGUCCAUUCAAUCCACUGUUGCUGACUGAGCAGAACAAAGACUCAAAUAAGCACCAUCAAACCUUGCUCUGGCUUGAUAAACAAGAAAAGAAUUCGGUAAUAUAUGUGUCUUUUGGAACAACUACUUCCUUGUCUAAUGAAGAAAUUGAAGAACUUGCCAUCGGGUUAGAGAAAAGUAUGCUAAAGUUCAUUUGGGUUCUAAGAGAUGCUGACAAAGCAGAUGUUUUUGCAGGUGAAGAAAGGAGAGCUCAGCUGCCUGAAGGUUAUGAAGAAAGAAUAAAAGAAAGAGGAAUUAUUGUAAGAGAUUGGGCACCUCAGUUGGAAAUACUGGCACAUCCUUCCACAGGUGGUUUUAUGAGUCAUUGCGGAUGGAACUCAUGCAUGGAAAGUAUUUCAAUGGGAGUUCCAAUAGCAGCCUGGCCAAUGCAUUCUGAUCAGCCAAGGAAUUCUCAGUUGGUAACAAAGUUCCUAAAAAUCGGCCUAAUUGUGAGGCAUUGGGAACGUCGAGAUGAGCUGGUUACAUCAGAAAUAGUUGAAAAUUCUGUAAGAACUUUGAUGGGAUCACCUGCUGGGGAUGAGAUGAGGAAGAGAGCGUCAGAAUUAAGUGUUAUUGUCAAACAAUCAGUCAUGGAUGGGGGAGGUAAAAGUACGGAGAUGGAUUCUUUUAUCGCACAUAUUACUCGAUAACUGUCUCUUGCGAAUUGAAAAAUUGGUUGUACACUACCAUCUUGUUAGCAUAAGUGGUAGGAGGGUUUGGAGGUCGCGAAUUAGAGUAGAACGUUAGUUGGUAGUUCUCUCGCUUUUCUGUUAGGUAGGAUAGGUGGUGGUAUAGGUAUUUACUCUCUUACCAGCAGUAUUAGCACUAUUUUCAUAGUUUCUUGUUCGUCGAUUGUUUUUAUCAUUUGUGUUUCCUGUGCUUCCAUUAUCGCAUUAGUUCACUGUUGUUAUUGUUCUUUCUUUGUACACUAUGUACUGCUUUCCAUAGCCUAUAUUUCGUUGCUGUCACUGCUUUCAUUUCCA